GAAAAGAUCUAAUUUUAAUAUUUUCUGUAUGGAACAUCAAUUUUCCUAGUAUCAUUUAUGUGCUAACCUUUCCUUUCUCCCUGCUUGACAAAGAUUCUGUGCUGCAAAUAGACUCUGCAUCUCUUCCGUACCCAUUAAUACAUGCUUGAGCUGUUCGCGCUUCCUCUUCUGUGUCUCCUUUUGCAUCUGUCUCUGUUGGAAUUAUGUCACACUGUUUUGCUUACCAUAGCUUGCCGGUAACAUUUCCCCUUCUGUUUGUCAUUGCUUUUAGAGUCAUCUUGGCUCUUAGUUCACUUCCUCUUGCAUGCAGAGCUCCUUCUCUGGAAGGAGAUAAAAUUCCACUUACUGAGAGCCCACCCUGGGCAGGGGCUGCUCUCAGCACUCAUUUAUCAGCCCUGCCCCAAAGGUAGAUGCUCUUAUUAUAGUCACACCCAUUUUUACAUGUAAGGAAACUGAGAUAAAGAUAGAUCAAAGUAGCAAAUUAGUGGCUGAUUUGGGAUUCAGACUGAGGCAUUUUGAUCCCCAAAGCUGAAAUUUUAGCUCUAACACCAAACUGUCUCCUAGUCGAGAACAGAAAAGACAUCAUGAAACUUAUGUAACUUUUUAAAAAUUGUUUUCAAUUUUUUAUUUCACAAUAAUUUCAAACUUCAAGAAAAGUUGCAAGAAUAAUAGUACAAAGAACAUUCACAUGAUUUGCCUAUUUUAAACAAUUUACCUUAUUUGCUUGAUCAUACGUUCUCUUUCUAUAUAUAAAUGUAUAUAGACACAUACACAUAAUUUUUAUUUUUUUGAAACUUGUGAAGACAAAUUGUAUAUAUCAUUGGUGUUUUUAAACCUGUAAAUAAAUCAGUGUUUAUUUCUUAAAAUAGAGAUAUUCUCUUAUAUACCACAGUAUAGUUAUCAACUUUAGGAAAUUUAAUGCUGACAAAAUACUUUUAUAUACUCUAUUGAUCGCAUUCCGAUACUUUCAGUGGACCCAGUAAUGUCCCCUAUAGCCUGUCUUGUGCCCCCGGCCAUGCCCCAGCCCAGGGCAGGAACGUGCCACAUUAGCCUUCUUGAAUCUGGAACACCCCCACAGCCUUUGUUUGUCUUUCACAACAAAAAUAUUAUUGAAGCAGACAGCUUCCCACCCUUUUAUUUUCCCCACAGAGCAUUCCUCAUUUGGGGGUUUGCAAGAUAUUUCCUAGUGAUUAGAUUCAAGUAACCCGUUCCCUACCGGAAGACUGCAUAGUCAGGACAGCCCUUCUCAGCGCCUCACACUUGGAGAUACGGGGUAUCUCAAAAAGGCUGAUGGACUUUUCAUGUAAUGACAAAAGACUGAAAACUAGGCUUUGGAUUAUGGUUGUCACAAUUCUGAAUAAAUUAUUUGCUACUCAAAUACCAACUGGUCGAUAUUUUUAAAUUUUGCUAAAAUAUUGAUCUAAGAAUAGCUAUUGAAAAUAUCUGAUGAAAUUUCGAGGCAUUUUAUUAGAGCUUUGCAUCUUCCUUUUAAAAAAGCUGCCAUAUAAAAUAUGUCUAUGGACUCUAAUUCCAACCAAAAUGUCAGCCAUCUGUCUCUGUUUUAAUUCUGUUGGAAAGCAUCUGCUGAAAUCUAUGUAUUAUUAUAAUCAUGAUAAUAAAAGAAAUGCAAUAUCACUUUAAUUAUGUUCCCAUGCCUAAAACAUUCUUCACUGGAGGAGCCAGAGUUAUUGAAGAGAGAAGAGGCUUUUUUUCCUCCUUAAUUUAUAAUGAAAAGAUGGCAGAGGCCAGGGUAAAGAGAAUUAAAUUCGUUUUUAUCUUACAAGUCAAAGUCAUCACUUUACUCCUUGGCUCUUAGUCCCUGAGAUCUUUGUAAAAAUCUUUCCUGACAGCUUUUCCCCUCUUCCAAGUUCCUGCCAAGGCAAUGGUUCAGAAUCAUGUGGUGUGCAGAUUUCAGUGAGAAGGAAUGCUUGAUGUAUUAGUUUUCUUUUGUGGCAACAAAUCUCCAGAAAUGUAACAAAAGAAAACGAGCAUGCCAGGUCUCUUGGCAAGUCAGCAGGAGGUAGAGGAAGAGGCUAGGAGCCCAGGCAGGUAAGAGAAAUUUCCUGAUCCGGCAAGAAUUUCCCUAAUGACUUUUUCCCAUGUUCUAAUUAGAUUGCUUGCUUUUUCUUUUCUUUUUGAUUUUUUAAGAGUUAUUAAUAUAGUCUAGUUACAAGCCCUUUGUCAAAUAUGUGGUCUGCAAAUAUUUUCUCCUCAUCUACAGUUUAUCUUUCCAUCUUUUAUAAAACAAGAGUACUUAAUUAAGUCUAAUUUAUUGAUUUUUUCCUGCCAUGGAUUGUGCUUUUGAUAUCAUGUCUGAGGAAUUUUCACCAAGCCCUAAGUCCUCAAGAUAUUAUCCUAAAAUUUAUAUAGUUCCUCAUUUUACAUUUAAAUCUCUGAUCCAUUUUUUGUACAAAUAUAAAUUUAGAUAAAUUUUUUUUGACCUAUGGAUAACCAAUUGCUCCAGUAUCAUUGGUUAAAAAAAAACUGUCCUUCCUUUAUUGAACUGAUUAUCUUCCCUUGUCAAAAAUCAGCUGGUAAGACUUGUGUGGGGCCAUUUUGGGGUUCUCUUUUCUUUCUCAUUUUUGUGUGUGUCUGUCCCUCUGGGGAUACUACAGUCUUGAUUCCUAUAGCUACAAAGUCUCAAGAUGGUAGGGAUGAAUCCUCCUACUUUAUUCUUCUUUUUCAAAAUUACUUUUUAGCAUUUCUGGUUACUUUAUCUUUCCAUGUACAUUUUAGAAUAAUAUUUGUAUAGCUACAGAAAAAAUCAAAAGCUGGGCUUUUGAUAGGAAUUUCAUUAAACCUAUAGAUCAAUUGGGGAGACUUGGCAUUUUUAGUGUUGAAUUUCCCAUGAACUUGGUAUGUGUCUCUAUUUGCUAAGAUCCUUUUUGAUUUCUCUCUUCAGUGGUGUGCCAUCGGGCUUAUACCUAAGUAUUUCUGUGUGUGACUGCAAAUCCUGUUGUAUUUAAAAUUUUCUUUCUGUGUAUAAUUUUUGGUAUAUAGAAAUAUGAUUGAUUCGUGUGUGUUGAUCUUACACUCUACCUGAACUCCCUUAUUCUAAAAAGAAUAUUUUUUAGAUCCCUUGGGGUUUUCUAUGUUGACAAUCAUAACUGCAAAUAGGGUCAGCCUCAUUUCUUCCUUUUGGAACACUACGCCUUUUAUUUCCUUUCCUUGCCUCGUUGGGCUAGGAACUUUCAGUGCUAGAUUAAAUAAGAUUGGUGGCAGCAGAUAUCCUUGCCUUGUUCCUGAUCUUAGUAGGAAAGCAUUUCAUUUCUUACCAUUAAGUUUGAUUUUAGCUGCAGGUGUUUUUGUAGAUAUUCUUUAUCAAGUUGAGAAAGUUUUCGUGGUUGCUCAUUAAAGCAUUUUUAUGAUGGUCACUCUAACCUCUCUGUUGCAUAAUACUGACACCUGUGCCACCCAGGUGUCGGCAUCUGCUGAGUGUCUUUUCUCAUUCAAAUAGAGAUUUUCUUAGUUCUUGCUAUGACAAGUGAUUUUCCAUUGAAAUUUGGGCAUUUAGGGUAUUAUAUUAUAAAACUCUGAAUCUUAUUUAAAUCUUCUAUUUUAACAGGCCUCCUCAGACAUCAUUCUGGUGGGGGAAGAGGGACAUUUCCUCAUUGUUGCCAGACAGGGGGAGCCCGGGUCCCUCCCUCGGCCCCACUGACACCUGCUGGCAGAGGGGCUUGCCGUUCCUCUGUGUGGGGUGGAGGGCAGGCUCCCUGCGGGGUACCCCAUACCUCCCUUGCUGGAGACAGGCUCACCACUGCUCUCCACUGACACCGUGGGGCGGGGUGGCCUUGAGGUUGGUGGGCAGUGGUGGGAGCCCUCCUCUGACCACACCCCCAAGCAGGAGGGCCAGAGGUUCCUUGUCACUGCCAGGUGGAGGGAAGUCCAGGUUCCCCACGUGCUGACACCGCCUGGGGGUGGGGGCCUUCUCAUCUGGUGGGGAUGGAGGCCCGCUGCCCCACUUGGCUCUCUGACCACCCACCGUGGGGAGCUGGGCUCCUAGUUAGUGCCCAGUGAGGGUGGCAGUCCAGGUCCCCACUCGCAUUUGUUGGUGUGAGGGUGGCGGGGCGGGUGGGGGCACAGUUUUUCUGUGCCAUUUGACCGUUGUGAAUUGCUUAUUGUCUAGAAGCCUCGUCUUUCUAGGCUAACACUUUCCCAGAUUUUUGGCUUGCAAGAAAUGGCUUCCCUGUGGCUCCUGGGCCUGUGCCUGUUGGCGUUUCUAGGCUGCCAGCUUCUCUGUCACUUGGGCCAGGAUCCGUGAGGCGACAGAAAACCCAGGAAAUUCACUGUCCUUUAACUUCUGGGGUUUCAAGGUUCCUAUUUGUUCUGCCUUCUUCUCUCCACCUUUUGGGGUUUUCUUAUUUUUGUUUUUUCAUAAAAUAGCUAAGGGUUUUAGCUACCCUUAGCGAGAGGAACAGGGAGGAGUAAGUGCAUUCCGUUGUUCCAGACGUGGAAGUCUGCAAUGAGUGUUUAGUGUCUGGGCUGGGGCCUGGGCCACCUGGCGUCCCUCUGACACACACCCCUGAUCACAGGGCUCCAGACGGGGGUGCCCCGUGGGGUGAAGGCAGUAGGUGCAGCCUAGGCAGAGUGAGCCCCUGGUCCUCAACGCCCAGUGACAGCCACGGCUGGGAGGCCACCAAGCUGAGCCCGCCCUGCUGACACACAACUAUGCAGACUUUUCCACCAGCUCCCAAAUUAAGCCAUCUGUGCUUCCUCUUUCAAGUCACUGUAAGCAUUAAUGUCACACCCAGACCCUCGUUUAUCUGCCAGAAUUGCUUGAACGGUCCCUUUUAUUAAAUUUGAGUCUACUAAAUAACUGGCUAGUGGGUCUCGGUAAGAGGAACUGUGCCCGUCCUCUCCUGCUCGUGCGAUGAAGCAGAUGGCGGCUGCCUCCCGUCCACGGGAAGAGGCAAAGGGCUUGGAGCUGGGCCAACAGGCCGUCCCAGAGGAUUGGGAUGUGCAGACAUCCAGAGCUUUCUCUUUGCUUAAGCAACAAUAGCCUUCAACAAACUUUGCUGGGCCGCAAAGAUAGGUGAGUCAGGUUCCAACCUGAGGAGUUGACAGUCUAUGGGGACAGUUACAUUGUAGUGUGUGACAUGCUGAGUUGAAGGAAGCACAAAAAGAAGCAGAGGAGAAACCCUUGAUCCGAACUGGGCAUUUUGGAGGGCUUCCUGGCGGGGAGUCUUAUCGGGUGCAAAUUGAUUAUGCCUCUGCCUGGCUGAAAUCCUUCAGCUGCUCCACUGUGGCCAGCACAGACCAAAGCAUGCUGUGCCCACGGACAUCCCAGCUCUGCCAUGGGCCAACCCUGGUGUUCCUGCUUCCAGCCCCAGGGAACAUCCGUCGGGUGGCUGUCCGACCUCGAGACUUCCUCACGUCAUCUCCUCUGCGUGGGAGGAGUGCCAUGCCCCUCUAGGGCCAUGGAGACACUCUCAUUCCCACUGGACUGUCACCUCUGUCAGGGCAGGGAUCCAGUCUGGCUGGGCCACCGCCCACACCUGCUCAACGUUGGGGGAGCUCAAGUGUUGGCAACUGGCAAGUCUGCUGGGGCUGAAAUUGACAUCAAGUACGCCCUCAUCGGCACCGCGCUGGGCGUCGCCAUCUCUGCGGGCUUCCUGGCCCUGAAGAUCUGCAUGAUCCGGAGACGCUUGUUCGACGACUACUCUUCAGACCUGAGAAGCGCACACCAGGCCCCCAGUGACGCCACGCUGCUGAAGAAGAGAGCCCCGAGGCUAAACCUCCAUUUCUCUGAAAGCAUUGUCGAUUUUGAAGUACGCGAGCCAGUUGUCUCAUACAAUGUCCCGUUUUCUGCAUCUGUCUGAUUGUUUCCUCUUGAGUAGAUUCAGACCGAAGGUUUUCUUGUCAAGAAUGUACCAGAAGUGACAUUGCGUAUCUUUCGUUGUGCUGCAGCAGGAGGUGUGUGGUGCCGGGACGCUUGUUGGCGAUGCUUCUCACCUGAUCCCUUGGUUAGAAAGUGACUGCUCGCUCCCUGCACCGCAGAGAUAAAGAUUUCCCCUUUGCAAUGAGUAAAUAAUCUGGGGAGGGGUACUUUGAGAACUUGUGAAUAUCUUGACCCCCAGGAGUUCAUCACCCAAUGAUUUUACAUCGAUUCGUGAUCCUGCUUGAAUCAGCUAUUGUCAUCGAUGGUUACAAAAUACUGACCUUCUAAUUCUAGCAUUCUGUCUACAUUGACUAGCAGCCACUCUUGGGAGGAAAGGAUUUUCCUGUUUCUCUUUCUCCUGCUUGCCGAGCACUCUUACUGCGGACUUCAACGCACUUUAAUUCAUUGUCAUCAUGAUUCUUUUUGAUGCUUCAAUGGUCCCACAUUUGGAUGUGCAGGUCACUUCUUAGUGGCUUCUGUGCCCUGUGGACAGGACCCUGCUAGCCUCUGAGCACGUCCUAGACUUCUGUCACUGUCCCGGAGUUCAGGCUCACCGUUUGCUGCUCCAAGCUGAUAUCGCCCAUUUUCCCAAGCACCCCUGUUUUCCUUUUCUUCCAUUUUGUUACCGUGGACUGAUUUUUAGGAACCAAGAUCUGGGCACACCGUGUGCUCAGGGCUACUGAGGUGCCAUUGCUUCUAUGCCCUUUCAAGGGACAGAGUCGGGAAAUGUGCAUUUCAAUUAUGAACUCAGUACCAUAAGGCUUUCCCCAAGCUUUCCCCAGUCCAUAUUUCUAUAUUGCCCCAUCUAAAGUAAAAACUGUAGUUCUUAGCCAUAUAAAUAUUUUUACUCAUUUGCUCUAUCCUAUAAUACACACAAGAUACUUCCAGAAAUUACAGCACUAUACAGCUAUAGACCUGCUUCAUAAACUUGAAGGUUUCCUUGCAAUGCUUUUUACUUAUGAAGUUUAGCCCUUGUAUGCAGUAAGAGUAUUGUGUUUUCUCUGUGUGGUUAUGUUGGCAGUUGGAUAGAAUAAGAAACACUUGUUUUAAUGUGUAUACUAUAAAUGUUUCCCUUUUUAUCCUUUUAAUUUAAUUUAAUUUUUGAAAAUGUAAAACAUGUACAUUGUUCAAAGACAAAGCUAUGUAGAAAGUAAACUCAGAGAAGUCUAGCUCCCAUAACUGUCUACUGUCUCCUGUCCCUCUGCUACAAGUUACUAUUUUCUAUACUUCUGGUUGAUCCUUCCUGCGUUAAUUUAAUAAAAAUAUAUUUAAUUAAAUAAUAUUUUUACAUUAUAUAUAGUUUUAUACAAUUAAAAAAUGUGUGCAUAUAUAUCUUUUCCAGUACUUGUAUAGUUUUAUUUUUUACUUAGAUCUCCUAUCCAUUGGCAUAUAUUCUGGUAUGAGCAAUAGAUCCAAUUUUAUCUUUUUCCAAAAUGGCAAUCCAAGAAUUUCAACAUUGUUUUUGAGAACCACCCUAUUUCCCCAGUGUUUCAUUUGCUACUUUUACGGCACCCUCGAUUUCCUCAUGUACUAGGGCCAUUGCAGGCGCUACGCUACUCUCCACCGGUGUCCGAGGUCACUCACGUGCCAGUGCGUGGACCAGAGAGGCCUCGUGGUGCUCCCUGCGUCUGGUGGGCUCAUUUCCCUGCACGCACGAGCACAUGUGCACAUGGUGUUUCUCCUUCCCAGGGGUGUGUUCUUGCUAUUCUAUUCCAGGUAUUCUUGCGUAUUUAUUUUUCCACGUGAACUUCAGAAUCAAUUUCAGAAUCUCUCUACAGAAAACAAACAUCUUGAUAUUUUUAUUGGGAUUGCAUUACACUUACAUAUUAAAUCGAAGAUGAUUGACUUCUUUACCGUGUUAAACGCUCCAUCAGGGAAAAGAGAUAAUUUUUUUAAGAAGUCUGUUUUUGUGUGUUUCAAGAGAGUUUUCAGGUUUUGCUCUCAUAGGGUCUUCACAUUUCUUAAGUUUAUUCCUAAGUAUUUUAUAUCUCCGUGGCUCUUUAAAUGGAGUUUCCCAUUAUGUCUCUUCCCUGGCCAUUGAUUGCAUAUUGAUUUCUUUUGUACAUCAACAUGAUAGUGGCUGCCUUAUUGAAUGCUUCUACUGUUUGUGUUUGUUUACUCCUUGAUCCCUUGAGUUUUCAUGAUACUGUGUCACCUGCCAAAGGUAGACCUUCUUCCCAGUUCUCAUCCCUCUAAUUGUUUUCUCCUCUCUGGCUGGGUCGGCUAAAGCCACCAUCGCUGACAGGGAGGCGGUGCACGUGCUCGCCUGGUGCUGGUCUUGGAGGGACACCCGCUGGUGGCUUCCAUCAAGCGGGGCACCCGCGUCAGGGCCGAAGUGCACAUAUUUGAUCAUGUUAAGGAAGCAUUCUUCAGUUCCUAUUUUACUGAGUUUUAAAAAUCAGAAAUGGUUGUUGGAUUUUGUAAAGGUCUUUUCAGUAUUAACAGGUAGUAAGGUGGGUGUCUUCCACAGAUCCACCCUGGGACUGGGCUGGCUAACCACAACGGAUAGGCACCCUCGUCAUCAGUUUUAGUUCGGUUUUUGUUGUUUUUCUUCUCUCCUUGUUUGUCUACAUGAUUCCUGGAGGGCCUGCUGAAAGGUCUGAGUGUAGCAGCCGCUACACUGUGCAGUCCCAAACUCUCUCGCUCUUUCUCCUGAGCCAGCACAGGAUGUCACACAGCCCAUCCACCCGCUAGCCCGCCCGCAGACUCUGUGCCAGACUCGGCCCCGCCUUCCUGUCCCGGCAGGUGGUGCCUGGCUCCACAGUGGCUCGCGAUGUGUCCCUUUCCAGAGGCGUCACUGCCUGUCGGAGAGCAACGGCACCCCUUCCCCGGCACGGGGCCGGGCCGCCGGGCUGGGGGAGGCUGCCCUCCGGCUGCCCGUCGCUCUGGGCACUGGGCUCUCAAGUCCGGCCUCUCCAGGUCCCUUUCUUAACAGAACCUGAGGGGUCUUCCAACUAGGGCUUAUUAAAGACAAGAGGGAUGAACUUUCUGCUCAGCCCCUGGGCCUCCAGCCCAGCUGACUUAAAUUCCACGUUCUGCUAGCCCCACCAUCCUCUAAAGGAGAAGCACAAACACCUGACAGCUUUGAGGCCCUCGCCUGGAACCCGCGCCCUCCCCUUCCCCUCGCCCGGCCUUGCUUGUUCCCAGCGUCUGCCUUGUCUCCCGUGCUGGCUCUGCCGCGGUCAAGCUCUACAGGGCCGACCUUGCCCUGGCUCCUGGUCCUCACGCUCGGGCUGGGGGACUGUGCUGGCCAGCCUGCGGUCUCCGACUCGGCUUGUCUUCCUGCCGCUGGCGUCUCUUCUCUCCUGGGGAGACGUGAGUUAGGUGUCAGGAGACUGUGGCUGAACAUGCGCAGUGGAAUGUCAGAGACACCGCGCAUCAUUCAGCGUGCGUGCGAACAUGCCAGUCUGCCCUCACGGCACGUGGCGUCGCGUGGAGCUGCGGUGAGGGUGGGAAUGUGUUCUCAGAGCGUGGAGGUCUGGGAGGCCCUCAGCCGUGCGUGGCCACGGCAGGGUCUUUGCCCGGCUUUCAGCCCAAGCUGUCUUAUUCAGGGUCCUGUUUGGUGACCUCAUCUUUUCUCCUGUGUUCCUCGUUUCUUAUACGUCUGCCCUCCCCUUCCCUUCCAUCAAGGCUGGGACAGUAAGUACAGAGAAGUCCCACCCUCGCCAACAGCUUGCGGUUCAGACGUGAAAGCGUCAUUGCGGAGCCACAGCCCUAGAGGUCUACUUUGUUCCCUGUAGCACCUGCCCAAAUGUGUGCAAAGUCUUCCACAGCAGAAAGGGCCACUUUCCCUGAAAUAUGCGUACUAACCUCAGGGGUGGCAUCUUCCCUUUGCGACGCAGCGUGGGUGAGGCCUGGCUCUGUGGGCUCCAGCGUGGCAGGCGGGGGCGAGCUGCGGGGCGAGCCCUGGCCCGGACGCAGAGGCCUGGGCUUCAGGUUCCUCCCUGUGCUGCACGUGGAAAUGCCGCCUUGCCGGGCUUUGCUGGCGAGCUCCUCCAUACCUGUUUGUGUGGGUCGCAGACACACGUGAGCCGAUGAGGCACAGCACGCUCUGCCAGUGUCUUCCAGCUGGUUCUCUUCCUUCCCAGAGAUGCACGAGUGAUUGAGCUGUAGGUGCCGGCCGCGUCAGGAGGGUUCAGCCGCGUGGGCGACCACUCGCGGGCCGCUGCGGUCUCAGGACGCUUUGAAUUCGAACACCCGUGGCUGGUGAGAGACCUUCACGUGGACUCAACACCGGAGGCAAGUAAUGGAAAGAACGGAACUUACGUCCCUGUGUCCUGAAGAAAAUGUCACUCCUCUUCUGCAAGAAGCUGGCUGCGCAGAGGGAGGCCUGAGCGCUUUAGCCAGCAGUAGGAAAAGAUGGAAGCCAAAAAGUCCACACCACCUGUUGUAGUCCCCUCUGUUGCAGCUGUUCAUGCUUUUGUGAUGGCACUGUGUCCCACAGCAAAUGGCUCAUGGAAAUGGGAAUCGCCCGAGACACAACUUCCUGAGCACUAUCAUCCUGUCAACAGCUAAGCAGCACUUUCUAGAACCGUUGGCCUCACCUUCUUAGCUUCCAGGAAAAUCCCAUGUUAAAGACAGAUCCUGUGAACACUCAGGAGCCCUGAGACGUGGCGACCGCGAGGCAGUCUCCAGUCCUGUGAGGGUCUGGCCUGGAGGGGAAACGGCAGGCGGGGCACCGUGGAAAGGGCCGGGUCGGGAAGGGGCCUGCAGCUCUGCGGGCCUUCACAUGGCGGCGCCCACCCAGGACUAAGUGAGACGGCAGACGCCGGGCCUUGUGCAGAGCUACGCACAUGUCAGCUGUCGCUACCAGCCUGAUGUCAUCGCUUUGCGGUUAUUAUUACAACUUGCAUGGCUUUUGCAUGAAAGACGCGCAUGGUAGAGGCUCAGGAAGCCCCUGUCCCUAUGUUGUUGCUGUCAAGGCAGGGCUCUGCGGUGCAGGCCCCACGGACAUUCCUCCCGCCCGUGACGCAAGCCUGUAUUUCCGGGACUGCGUCACAGAAGACUCCUUGCCCUCUCAUCGGCAGAGACUGGGCUGUCCUCCUUGCGUGUGACGAAAGAGGAGCUACAUUUCAACACGGGGCGCUGCCUUAUCAUAAUUUGCCUGGAUUCCCAGGGUGUCUUUCAUCUGACUUGGUGAUGAUGUUGUUCAUUGGCAGCCUUUGUUAACCGAUAACCGAGCGUGGUGAUGCGACGUUCGUGAGCAAUGUUCUGUGUGUAACAUAGAAUAAACCAUCUUGUAAGGGA